UAGUGGAUAUUCCUUUCCUUUCUGUGUUGGGUGGCUUCCCUGGUGGAGCUUUUAGUAUUUACAUCAAUAUUAUCUGAAGCCUGUCCUCCGCUGCUGUCCUCCACAGACAGCCAGACAAAGAUUCCGACCGUCGGUAGAACAGCUUCUCAUUUCUGUUUCUUUCUUAUUUUCUGUUGUUGGUUCCAGUCACGACUUCUUUUGUGCAUUUUGGAGCUGUUUCCUGUGAUGUUGGCGAGUGAUAUCCGUCUGCCGUGUGCACUGCAGUGGUGCGCAGCUUCGCCUGGAGAAACACCUGUGCGCCGGUCUCUUCUACAUGCCCACAGUCAUGAAUGUUGAGUAGUUGUUUUGAAGUCAACAGUGUGUGGGUGACUUCCAGCAGCUGUGUUUAACAUGUGGCGGAUCCAGUUGCUGUCAGACUCUUAGGAGGCAGAGAACUGAUAACCCUAAGGCGUGGUGUCUGUCUGCAUUUGUCUGAAAGAGCAGGAGAGGCAGCAGCAGAAAUACCACACGGCCAGACAUCAUGCAACGAGAAACCUUCACUCGCUGCAAAGUGCUGAAAUGUUGGGCCUGAAGAGCGAGCGUGUCAGAUUGAAUCAGCAGACUGUUUCCAUCAUGGAGGGGCGAUAAGAGCUGCUUGACACUAGACCCGUGGCCCUGCGUGUGAGUGUGUCUGUGGUUUACGGCCACCUUUCAAUCACAAUUAAGAAAAGACACAUUCACUGAUCCUUCCCCGUCAUCGUUUUGCAUUUCCUACCGAUUCAGCAACACAGAAACGAGCCAGAAUGGAGUGGUCACUAGAGAGUGUGAGGGAGAUGGUGGCUGGAGGGAUGCAGUCUAUAAGGGAGUGUGAGAUCUGUGCUUUUGCAAUAGCCAUGUGUGUGCUGCUGCUGUUUAUGUGGUACUGCUAUCGGGUGGGCCGGGAACAUGGCUCUAGCCCUCUGCGCGGGAGGUAUCUAGCCGGCACGGGGCGGAUUGGAGGUGUGGUGGGGGGCUUCAUGAGUUCAGACUGUCGUAGCAGGGGAAAGGGAAAGCACGGAUCCAUGCUGGAGGAGCAGAACGGCUUUGCUUUCUGUCAGUCGUCAGAGUGCUUCCGCUGCACCAGCGCUGGAGAGAGCCUCAACCAGAGGCUCUAUCACAGCCUGCAGGAAUACGCCAAGCGCUACACCUGGUCAGGGAUGGGCAGGGUGCACAAAGGAGUCCGUGAUCAAGGCCGGUACCUUAACAGCCGACCGACCAUCCAGCGGCCAGAGGUCUUCUUCCUGCCCGACCUGCCGUCAGCGCCUUUCUUCUCCAGGGAAGUGCAGAGACAUGACGUGGAGCUGCUUGAGCAGAGCUUCCCUGCACUCCUGGCUGAGUUCGAGAGCAUCUACCACCAGCCUCCGGGUCGCAGCGGCUCCUCCCUCCCGCCGGGGUGGAAGGCCAACAAUACUCCUCGCGGGCAGUGGUGGACCUACUACCUGGUCAACCAAGGCACCCCUCUGGUUCUAAAUGUCAGGAGAUGUCCCCGAGCCUGGAGGGUGCUGGGCCAGCUGCGCACCUUCAUCUCCAACAAUGUGUUUGGGAAUGCCUGCUUCUCCGUACUGACGCCCGGGGCGCUCAUCACCGAGCAUUACGGCCCGACAAAUGUCAGGCUCCGAUGCCACCUGGGUCUCAGAGUGCCCCCUUCCUGUGAACUUGUGGUUGGUGGAGAGCCGCAGUGCUGGUCUGAGGGCAGCUGUUUGCUUUUCGACGACUCCUUCCUUCACAGGGCUUUUCACGAGGGGAGCCAGGAGGACGGCCCCAGGGUGGUUUUCAUGGUGGACCUGUGGCACCCCAACGUGGCCGCCGCUGAGAGACAGGCUUUGGACUACAUUUUUACACCAGGCCGUUUAGAGGACAGGGAGGGGAAAUAGGUGUGAGUGAGAAGCCGUGUGUCCAAGUGAGACACAGAUGGCAUUUAGGGAGGUGUGUGUAGUAUGAGAAGCAGCCCUUUUUUUUUUUCUUCUUUUUUUCCUGCCUCCAGACCAGCUCUCACAUUCACUGUGUACAUAUUCUCCAGCUCAUACAGUCUUGCUCUUAACUCCUCUUAGCAGAUGACCAAACAUUGGGCCUCUUUUAUCAAACACUUUUUCUCUGUCUAAUUGUAUAAAAUGCAGCCAUAUUUAAAAGUUUUUUUUAAUAGAGCUUAGUAGGUGCACGCAGCCAUUUUUAUUAAUGUGUAAUAACACCAUAGCAGGGACCUUUUGGCUCAUUUCUUGCUGUUGUUUUGCUUUAUUUUGGAUCACUGAAUGUUUAUUUGAGUACAGAUGAAUGACGUCACCAAACAGCAAAAAUUUGGGGAUUUUUUCUUUUACUUGUGUCACAUUUCUUUUAGUUUCUGCUUUUAAAAAUUCCAGGAGUAUGCUAAUAUGGGGCAAAGUCUCUUUGCGAGCCAAGUAAUAACGUGUCGCUCUGUUACAGAAGUGUUUCACAGCACAUGUGGGUCCAUAAGUCAGUCUGAUCUGUUAUGUCCCAAAGAAGUGAAGUCAUUCUGCAAGAAUUAAAGAGCCCUCACUUCCUUCGAGGCCUUAAGAAAGGCAAAUGGUGACAGCCAACAUCUGUUAACUCAUUUUUAACUUCAUAAUAUUUUUCUGUAACACUGCUAGAGUGCCAUUGUUGAACACAUCCUUUAUUUGUCUUUUACGAUUCACACUCCGUCUGUUUGAAGCAAGCCAUUUUUAAGAGCCACAGUUCUGUCUGUGCCUAAGGUGACCAAAUAAGGAAAACCUUGUCGAGAUGAUGUCAGUCGAGCAAAACAGUACAAAAAACCUUUGGGAGCAAAGCGUUUAGAGCUGUGUGAAUGCUGAACCUCUGCCCUAAACUGAUUACUUUUCCAUAACUUUGCCUCAUUAUUUAAACCUUUGACUGUGUUUAUUUUGGCAAUAACAGUUUUUUAUACAUAGCGUUAUUUCUGCACUCACUGUCCAGUUUAUUAGGUACACCCAUUCAUUUGCUCAUGAACCCAGAUCUGAUUAGCCACUCGGAUCCGACCUGAUGAAUCUAAUAAAGGGGGUAUGUUUUUAAAGUUCUGCUGGGGGAGAUUUGAUAAUUCAGCUUUUUAUCAUUCAGCCAUAUUCCCAGCUCAGCUGUCAGAGGGUUUCAUUUAUAGUAACAUAUAGGACACUUUCCUUUUUAUUGAAUGUUAACAUAUUGUUAUUGAUUGUAAUAAUUUAUAUGAAACCGCCACACGGUUAGUGAUCGAGUAAAGGUGUAGUAAAGGCUCCGGUGUUUGUUGGCGUACUGUGCAAGCUGUUGUGAUACGCACAUCAAGACAGAUUCAGCCAUUUGUACAAAAUGAUUUAAUAAGCAGUGCAGGAUCCUUCUGGAAAUCUAAUUUGGAGCUGGGUGCCGUGUUGGAUUUCUGUAGUAUUCCGACCCAACUGGCAGCCGUUGCGUAGAUACGGAAACAGAAAUGGAUCGCAGAUAGAGCUGUAACAGUGUUAGAGCAGCUACAGAGGAAUGUUGUCUUUGCUUGUCAGCAGUAAGGUGAACAGAUACAUCCAUGUGUGGUUUGCUAACUGAGGUCCAAUGCCGAUCAUGACGUGAAUGUUUACAGACGCAGCUAAUGUUUCUGUCCCAGCUCCUGCCGGUGUGCUAGUCAGUCGUGCUCCCCUUUGGAAACAUCAGCCCCGCUUUCACAAGACAUGGUUAGGCAAGCACAUUUUUAGGUCCGAGUGUGUGAGUCGACCCGUGCCGUACCACUGGAGAUGAAGUGUUUUUGGUAAAUUUACUAAACUCUUGUAAUUUGGUUGCAUUUGAUAUCGGGUUUGUAUUUCUGUAAAUAAGGUUGAGGUAAAAAAAAACAACAAAAAAAACACAAAAAGCAAAAAAAAAGUUGAAUGGUCUCAGAUGUUUUUGGGUUGUUUUUUUUUAAACAAUUGUCUUCGAUGCUUCAAACUUUUGUGUUGUCCUAAUUUCUAGCUAAAGUGAUUGCAUUUCAUUGUCCACUUCAAAGAGCCAUCCAUGAGGUCAUUUUGAUAGAUUAAAUUAGUAUAUUCUGUAAAAUGUUUAUGAAGUACUAGCUCUGAUGUUCUGUGAUGGGUUUAUAUUCCCCUUUUCUUUCAAUCACUGUAAUUUUGCAGCACUGUAUCUAUUCUCAAGGCCACAGUCUUAACUCUUUAACAGCACUUGAUGGAUAUAUGUGCACAGUCUAAAAGCUAGUGAAAAUGAGUCUUCAGCAGCUUUACUAGUCCACUGCAAUUCAAGGUACCCAUCAGUUCUAAUGUUUACAAAGGCGUGAUCAUUUCCGAGCUGUCGACGGCAUCGGAUGACGCUGACGCUCGGCUGUCAGUGAUUGGGUUCGAACCAUGAGUGCUGUUAAUCCAUCUUAGAGAACUGCUUUCUAUAUGAUGAUGGGGCAACCGUUUUGUUUACAUUUGGACUGAGGAUUUGUUCUUUGACACCUUCUUGUGUGAAUUUUGAACAGUAUUUCUGUACAUUUAAUAAAUGGUCGAGUAUCUUAUUUAA